AUGUCAAUACAGGACUUCUCAGAUAACUUAUCUAUCCUGUCUUAUGAAACACCAAGCCGAUGUCCUAAGUGGCUUUAUAACAGGCACAAAAAAACAUUUCUUGGACGAACAUGCGACUCAUGGGGUUUGUGUAUUUUAAUUUUCGAAUGCUCCUGUUUAGCCAAAAUUCUUGCCUACUACGUCUGUUUUUACUCAUUUCUUGCGGGCUUCUUCCUUUCGAUGCUAAUGAUAUUCCUGCAGUUCAUAGUUCAAACUGACAUGCCCAUGCGAACGGGAAACCAAAGCCUUCUCGGAUUUGCUCCAGGUGUUGCCAUGCGACCGAUUAUCGAUGAGCAAAGAACACUUAUUCACUACUCAAAUAAGGAUCCGCAAGAUUACUUUGAAUAUGUUGACAACUUGAAUGCCCUUUUGGAUUAUUACGAAGAAAUAAGUCUAAAAGAUAAACAGGAAUUCGCUGACUGCUCGGGCCCCGUAAAGAAACCAAAUAUCGCAACCAAAGUCUGUCAAUUUCCUCUUUCCACCCUGGGAGCGUGCAGUCGAGCCAAUGAUUUUGGCUAUCCGGAAAAUAAGCCCUGUGUUAUGCUGAAACUCAACCGCGUAUGUUUGUUAUUAAUAAUUAAAGAUAUGCGGGCAGUUUUAACUAUCUACGCUUUCGGAAAAUACCAUACUCCAGGCAACAUCAUUUAA